AUGUUUUCCGGCUCAAAUACCUUCCUGGGUGGCGCCAACAGCGCUCGCCCGGGCACGGCGCCUUACCUACAGCAGCCAUACUCCCAAUUCCCCGGUCAGCAGCAACCACAACCGCAACAACCACAGCCAACGGGCUUCGUUCCUCAGCCCACCGGCUAUGCGCCUCAGUAUACUGGACUCGGAGGUUCUCAACUGCAACCCCAACCCACGGGGUUCGCAGGUGCUGGUCAGCUUCAACCGCAAUUCACGGGGUUCCCGCCACAACAGCAGCAACCGCAGCCGCAACCACAGAGCUUCCAGCUCUCCCCUCAGCCGCCUCAGUUGACUGGAUAUCCUCCCCAGAGCCAAUCUCAGCCUCAGCCGCCGCAGCUUCAAGUCGCUCAACCCACCGGACUGCCCCUUCGGGCUGCGAAGACCUCAAAUGAGAUAGCGGAUUCGUUUAACGAUGGACGCCCGCAGCCGCCACCCAAGACUUCCUCUGGGGGUGGUAACAAGAUUCCCAGUAUCAGGCUUUCAUUUAUUACCGCGCAGGAUCAAGCCAAGUUCGAGCAGCUGUUCAAGUCGGCGGUUGGAGAGAACCAGACGAUGGAUGGCGAGAAAGCUAAGGAGCUCCUUCUACGGUCGAGACUUCCCGGGGGUGACUUGUCGAGGAUCUGGAUUUUGUCGGACACCACCAAAUCCGGACAGCUAUUCUUCCCCGAAUUCGCGUUGGCAAUGUACCUCUGCAACUUGAAAAUCACCGGCAGAGACCUUCCCGCCGUCCUUCCUGAGACGAUCCAGAACGAAGUCUCCAGCAUGGUAGACAUCAUUUCCUUUACCGUUCCUGACACGCAGCCAGAGCAACCGCUACUUCAAAACAAAGCUGAACCGCCAGCGCCACAACAACCCCGUCCGCAGCAGCCAUCGAACUCCCAGCUUCUCAGCCAGCUGACAGCGCAACCUACUGGCUUCAUCGCCCAGCCGACCGGAUUGCAACCCAACCCGACCGGUUUCCCAGGUCAGGGCCUCGCUCCACAAGCAACUGGCUUCCCGGGUCAGGGUCUCGCUCCACAGGCGACUGGUUUCCCAGGACCUAGCCAGCAGUUCCUGCAGCCUCAACCGACGGGAUUGAUGAACAACCCGCAGCCCACCGGAUACAGUGGCCCUCGCCCCCCUAUUCCACCGAUUCCCACCGGAUUUGGGUCCAACCUGAGCCCAGCUCAGACGGGUGGAACGGCUGCUUUGACCGCGCAGCCUACUGGCAUUCCGGGUCAGUGGGGAUUUGUUAACGCUCCCGCGACAGGAUUGCCCAAUAUUGAGGCUCUUAAGCAGCAGCUCAUGCCUCAGCCGGGCCGCGAAGGUGGCUUCUCUACCGCUGGACUCUCUGGAAAUGCCACCAUUCCAUGGGCAAUUACUAAAGAGGAGAAGAAGAUCUAUGACGAUCUCUUCCGCGUGUGGGACGGUUUCCGCAAGGGAUUUAUUGGUGGUGAAACUGCUAUUGAGAUUAUGGGUCAAAGUGGUCUGGAGCAGAAGGACCUCGAGCGCAUCUGGACUUUGGCGGACCCGCAUAACCGGGGUAGGCUCAACAUGGAUGAGUUUGCUGUGGCCAUGCACUUGAUUUACAGAAGACUUAACGGCUAUCCUGUGCCAAACCGUCUGCCGCCGGAGCUUGUUCCGCCGUCUACGAGGAACCUGAACGAUUCUAUCGGUACUGUCAAGUCGAUGCUUUCGCAAGAUGCAGAGUCCCGCAAGGCAUCCGGCGCGUUUUUGCAACCCCAGAAGACUGGUGUCAGCUACCUAAAGGAUCACUCUUUUCGGGGUGGUGGAUCCCCAGGCUUUGGUCGAAAGGAUGCCACCAUGUUCAAGAACAAUGACGAGGCUGCUGCAGGAUACCGAUCCAGCGCUCGUCGCCGUGUCGGUAACAACACCACGCGGACUCCGUCUCCUGUUGCUUCUCAGGCAUCGGAAGAUGAGCUGUCUGUCGAGCAGCUGAAGAAGAAGAUCCGUGAAACGAAGGUCAUGCUUGAUGCAGUCGAUUUUCAGGAUGAGAACCGUGCUGAGGAAAAUGAAGCCCUUGACCGCCGGGAUCGCAGAGAAGCGGAAAGCCUUAUGGAACGAAUCCGCCGUGUGCAGGAUGAUAUUGAUACCCACCCCAACGCUACUUUCCGUAACCUCGAUUCGGGAGCGGAGCGGAGGUUGCUUCGUCGUCAGCUGCAGGGCUACGAGGACCAGGUUCCGCAGGUUGCCUCUGAUGUGCGCAGACUUGAACGGGAGAUUUCUGAGGCUAAGCUUGAGCUUUUCCGUCUGAAGGAUGCCAAGGCGCACCCUGGCACUGCUUCUAACAUCGUUGGUACUGGUCCCGGUGGCACGGUUACAGAGGCAGACCGUAUCAAGGCUCGCGCUCGUGCGAGGAUGCAGGCCCGUGCUGCUGAGCUUGCUGGACGGCCCGCGCCUGCGUCUGAGGAUGAUGACGGUUCGGCAGCUCGCCGGUUGGAGGCUGAAAGCGCCAACGUCAAGGCAGACAGAGAGCGCAACGAUACCAUGACGCGCGACGUUGAAGAAAGUGUCAAGGAAUUCGCCAGGAGUCUCGAGGAUAGCCUCAAGGAUGGAGGCGAAAGUUCUACGCGUGAACACGAACGCCGUCGGUGGGAAGAUGCACUUGGCGUGGAAGAUGUUAUUCGCGACUUCAUCUACGACUUGCAACGUAACGCUCGCACUGCGCAUAUUCGUAAACAAGAGGAAUCAAGACCGUCUCCUGCUCGAUACGACGUGCUAUCGCCCGAAGGCCCGGCGGCUGCCCGGCCUUCGCCGCCUUCUACAUCCCCAGGUCCCCUCCCAGGCAACACUCACGAGGACCGUGUUGCUGCAGCCAGAGAACGUGCUCAGAGACGCAUUGCUGAACGUAUGGCAGCGGCUGGUCUGAAGCCUCAUGACGCCGGAGAGUCUCUUGCCCAGCGUCAAGAGCGUGAGAAGAGAGAACGAGAGGACCGUCUGAAGCGGGCAGAGGAAGAAGACUCCCAGAGAGAACAGGAAAGACAACGCCGCAUCGCGGACGAACAGAAGCCUGCUGAGAAGCCGGCCACUAAGCCGAUGGGAAAGAAGCCACCUCCUGCUCCUCCUUCGAGGAAGCAUGGUGGAGACGGUGCCGCUCAGGCUGAUGCGAAGAAGGCCGCAGAGGAGGCUGCUCAGGCGGAACAGGCUGCCCAGGAACAGGCCAUCAAGGAAGAACAGCAGGCUCAGGAGGCUGAGCGGAUGCGCCUUGAGGACGAAUCCAGGCGACAAGAUGACGAGAUGCAAAAGGAGAAGGAAGCACAGGAAGCUCGUCUUCGUGCGCUCGAGGAACAAGUUAAGCAAGGCAAGAUCAAGAAGCAAGAAGAAAAGCGCCGCAAGGAGGAGGCUGCCAGAUCUGCGAAAGAACAAGAAGAUAGGGCUGCGGCCCAACGUGCCGAGCUCGAAAUGGCUCGGGAACGAGAGAGGCAACUUCAGCUCGAGUUGGAAGGCCUUGGUGAGGAGAGCUCGGAUGACGAAGGUCCCGAGUAUGUCACGCCUCAGGAUAGUACGCCCACCCAGAGCCAGAUUCUUCCUCCAGAGGCUGCUCCAGCGCCAGAGCCUGCGGAUGAAUGGGAGCUCGAUUCAGAACCACCGCAUGAGCCUGAGCCUGAGCCGCAACCUGAACCUGAACAGCCUACAAGCCCUGAAGUCGCUUCGCCGGCUCCCCACAUCAACAUCGAGCCUUCAUCCAACAACCCUUACUUCAACAAGAUUCCUCAACCUGCCGCACCCUCGCCUGAAGUCCAGUCGACCAACCCCUUCCAUCGCCUGGCACAGCAGGAGAUCGCCAAGCCCGCUUUUACCGGCGCAAGACCAUUGGAGCAGAAGUCUCGUGCACGUCCCGAGGACGAUGACUGGUCGGCAGCAGGAUCCGACUUUGAUGAUUCUGACGAUGAGGAUGAAAACCCUGGCGGCGGCAGCGCGAAGCAACUCGCUAGCAUCCUGUUUGGCACCAUGGCACCACCGCGGCCAUUGAGUGCGAUGGACAACAAGUCUCCUUCGCAAUCGGCGACGCCGGUGCAGGAUGCUUCGCCCAAGCCUGCUGAAACUGAAGAGCCCGCGGCGCCUAGCGCUAUCCCACCACCGCCUCCCCCGCCGCCAGCCCCAGCUCCUGCAGGUGACUCUGGUAUCCCUCCGCCGCCCCCACCUGCUCCUCCUGCGGCACCUCCUGGUGUUCCACCUCCGCCUCCAGCUGCGGCGCCUCCGGCACCGGCAGGAGGCGCUGAUCGUGGAGCUUUGUUGGCUUCGAUCCAGGCAGGCAAAGGUCUCAGGAAGGUGCAGACCAGUGACCGGAGCACAAGCUCGAGUGCGGGACGGGUUCUGUAG